CUAAGAUACGGAGGAGAGAGAUCGACAGUACAUAUCAUCAGUGUCACUUCAUAUGCGUAUACACAGAGGGUUUGCUCUAACUGAGUGACACGGACAUUACCUGUUUUGAGAGCUCAUAAGACAUUGCAUCUUUGCUCUGAUGGACCGUCUGCGUUCUGACCACAUCCUGCUGGUCCUAUGCCUCCUGUUUCUGCUCUGUGUCCAUGGCAACGCUCAAGGACAAGGCCCUACAUGUGAGAUGCGAGUCAAAAGAAACACCAUUUGGAAUGCUGUCCCUCAGAAAGCCCUAAAAAUCGACUGCCCUGUGAGACACUGUGGAGAAAACCUACACGCAACCUGGUGUAAAUUUGUGGACCUAUUAAACUGCAAACAGAUACAUGAGACAGAGCAAGUCACAUUUCGAUGGAGGGAAAAAAAUAUUUGGAUUUUGGAUUUUAAAAAGAUAUCUAUGAAUGACAAUGGUUUGUACAGAUGUGGAGUUGCUGAAAAUGGGUCAACAACUGUUAGCCAUGCUAUCAAAGUCUCUGUCUCAGAUAGCAACCUGGAGAUUACGAGCACAGCAGACCACAACACAAAUGACUCACCGAAUACAAAGCCUGAUAGGAAUGAUCCAAGCUUUCUGCCUUAUGUUUACAUCUGUGUGGGAACAGUAGUCCUGGUGGUCAUUGUGACAGCAUUUUCCUUAUUCUGUCUAAAUGCAUAUAAAGGACCAACCAGGUCAACCGAAAAUAGAACAAAGAAGCAGGAGAUGUCCACACUGGCAGCAACAUGUCCAGACAUCUCCUUCAACCUUGAGGGAACCUUUCCAUCAUCACCAUCCACCCCAAACCCCGUACAGCCUGCCAAUCUCUAUGACAACGGUCUCUACUGUAACCGCAUCAACGAUACAAAUGAAGCUCUACCAUCCUCCAACAUCAGAGCAGGAGGUCAAGUGUCAAACCACCUUGUGUAUGCUUCCCUGAACCACGAGACCACCAGGGGGUCCCUGAGAUCACCCCAUAUUCCAACCCCGCAGCAUUCGUUCUCUGAGUACGCAGUCAUCCGGGUCUACUAAGCUCUGAGAGAGACCUCAGCCAGACCAUAACAGUACCGUGCUGUAUGUUGUGUUCUUUGAUGGUUGUUUUCACACAGAGAAAGAGGAAAUCUGAACAUUUUUGUUUAUGAAAAUUUGACUCUGUUUACAUAUUAUAAUUUUUUGGGGCACUUUAUAUAAUUGUCACGCACUCAAUGACGCACACUUCCUGGUGUAAUUGCAACGGUGAGCAGUGUGUUAACCGCAGCGCAGCAGUGUUUCAGAGAAGAAGAUGUAAAGGUGGAGUGUGACUGAGAGGUGUUAGAUCUAGAGAGUAUGUGCUUCUGAGUGAACAUCCUUCACAUCACACCUCAGAGUUAGAGGAGCAAAGGUGGCGGUAUCUCUCACUUCAAGAUAUUUCACACAUAAUGAUGAAAAACCAUCAUUUGUUAAUUACUAUCAAGAAGUACAUUAUAUAUACAAAGUAUGUGGACACCCAUUGAAAUGAGUGGAUUUGGCUAUUUCAGCCACAAUCAUUGCUGACAGGUGUAUAAAAUUAAGCACACAGCCAUUCAAUCUCCAUAGACAAAAAUUGGCAGUAGAAUGGCCUUACUGAAGAGCUCAGUGACUGUCAAAGUGGCAUCGUCAUAGAAUGCCACCUUUCCAACAAGUUAGUUUGUCAAAUUUCUGCCCUGCUAGAGCUUCCCCGGUCAACUGUAAGUGCUGUUAUUGUUAAGUGAAACUUCAAGGAACAAAAAAAUGUCACAGAACGGGACCGCCGAGUGCUAAAGCACGCAGCUUGUAAAAAUCGUCUGUCCUCGGUUGCAACACUCACUACCGAGUACCAAACUGCCUCUCCAAGCAAUGUCAGCUGUUCGUCGAGAGAUUCAUGAAAUGGGUUUCCAUGGCCGAGCAGCCGCACACAAGCCUAAGAACACCAUGCGCAAUACCAAGUGUUGGCUGAAGUGAUGUAAUGCUCGCCGCCAUUGGACUCUGGAGCAGUGGAAACGUAUUCUCUAGAGUGAUGAAUCACGCAUCACCAUCUGGCACGCCGUUGGAUGAAUUUGGUUUUGGGGCUGUUUUUAAUGGUCCGGGCCAGAAAAGUCGCUGCAGCAAUGUCCCAACAUCUAGUGGAAAGCCUUCCCAGAAGAGUGGAGGCUGUUAUAGCAGCAAAAGGUUGACCAACUCCAUAUUAAUGCUCAUGAUUUCGGAAUGAGAUGUUCGACAAGCAGGUGUCCACAUACUUUUGGUCUUUUAGAGUAUAUUUUAAUGAUGAAAUCCAUGAGCUAUUUUGGUGAUUAUAAGUGAGGAUAUAAAAGUGGGAAAUGACUCAUACCUAACAUUUUAUGACUGUGUGGUGUGUGUGUGUGUGUGUGUGUGUGUGUGUGUGUGUGUGUGUGUGUGUGUGUGUGUGUGUGCUUGUGACUCACUCAGUAAGUGAUAUAUAUGUUCAUGUGUUUGCACGCGUGUGCUGGCUACAGGUUAAUAUGUUAGCAAGCGUGUGCUGGCUACAGGUUAAUAUGUUAGCAAGCGUGUGCUGGCUACAGGUUAAUAUGUUAGCAAGCGUGUGCUGGCUACAGGUUAAUAUGUUAGCAAGCGUGUGCUGGCUACAGGUUAAUGUGUUUGCAUGCGUGUGCUGGCUACAGGUUGGGGGGAAUUCCAUGGUUUAUGUAAAAUGCUGAGCCCACUAUAUACUGUAACCCAAACAGUGAGUCACUGCAAAUAUAUAUGUUCUCCCUCUUCAGAGACUAUGGAAAUGUCAUUUAAAUGUAACAUGAAUGAAAAUGACUGUUUCUCUAUGGCUGUAUGAAGAUGACUGUUUCUCUAUGGCUAUAUGAAGAUGACUGUUUCUCUAUGGCUGUAUGCAGAUGACUGUUUCUCUAUGGCUAUAUGAAGAUGACUGUUUCUCUAUGGCUGUAUGAAGAUGACUGUUUCUCUAUGGCUGUAUGAAGAUGACUGUUUCUCUAUGGCUGUAUGAAGAUGACUGUUUCUCUAUGGCUGUAUGAAGAUGACUGUUUCUCUAUGGCUGUAUGAAGAUGACUGUUUCUCUAUGUCUAUAUGAAGAUCUAUGAUCUAUGAUCUAAGAUCUAAGAUCUAUGAAGAUGACUGUUUCUCUAAGUCUAUAUGAAGAUCUAUGAUCUAUGAUCUAAGAUCUAUGAAGAUGACGGUAAUACUUUGCGUAACUGUUAUGUUGGUGUGGCAUGAUUGUGAUCAAGUGGAACAUACAGUGACACAUUUUAGUCUCAGUUAUUGUCGGGUUGGAAACAUGUUACAGUAGUUUGAAACCUCACAAUUUAAAAUUGUGCAAGUUAAGUUUACAUGAUCACUAUGCAGCUCAACUCAAUUACAAUACAUUCACCAGAGACUA